AAUUUGCAUAACUAUGUCCGCUUAGGGUAACAGAUUUCGCAUACCCUUUGCAGACGCAUUACUUUGCCACAACGUAAGGCCGUCGAUUUCUUUUUUUGCUGCCCUCUAGCCAUUUCCUCCAAAGUAUUGGCCUUACACUCAUUCUGCCGAACGGUAAUAGCUUACGCCAAAGACGCACUUCACUCGGCGGGAGAUCCCACGCAGAUCGGUAUACCGCUUAGGCGCAUUUAAUUUAUAAGACAGGGAGAACCUUCAUCCAAGACCGCCUUACAGCAAGGGACGGAAAACAUUAGGCAUUACGUUUCCCGCUGUCCAAGAUGGCGCUCUCACCUUUUGAUGCGUUGGAGCAGCUCCAAACCGAUUUCCCAGACCUGUCAGAAGAUAUUCAGGAACUUGCAAAUUUGCAUCAACGGAAACUAUGGCACCAGCUUACGCUCAAGAUAGAGGCGUGCUUUCACAGCUCAGCCUUCAACCGGGGUGAUAUCCCAGUCCGUCUCUUCCAACAGUUUAUCAUGGAUUUCGGGCACAAGAUCAACUUUCUGAAACUCUCGCAGUUUGCCGUGCAUGCGUGCAAGUUCCAGCCGAACCCUGCCGCGGCGGUCGACAUGCUUCAAUCCGUCAUGACGCGGCUGGAGGAGCUCAAGCAGCCCCGUACGGCGGAGGCGAUCCUCUUCCUGCGCAUGCACGUUGCCCAGCAUAAGCUGGAGACCGGGCAUGUGCAGGAGUGCAAGGCGAUCGCGGAGGACGUAACGGAACGGCUUGCUAAGUUGACCGACGUCGACCCCUCCGUCUCCUCCGCAGUCUACUACGUUACCUCCCUCUACCACAAAUCCCAGGCCAACUACGCGGAUUUCUACCGCUCCAUCCUCAUGUACCUGUCGUACGUAUCGUCCGACAGCCUUCAGCCCGACUUCAAGCUGCGCCUUGCUGUGGAUGUCUCCCUAGCAGCUCUUCUGGGCGAGCACAUUUACAGCUUCGGCCAGCUGCUGCAACACCCUAUCAUCAAUUCUCUGGAUUGCACGCCAUCGCAGUGGCUGCAUGAGCUGUUGGUCUGCUUCAACAACGGUGACAUGCACCUGUACGACCAACUGUGCGAGCGGUUUGCAGCACAGCUUAACUCCCAGCCGGCCUUGGUGGCCCAUGAGCGGCGCCUGCGUGAGAAGAUUACCCUGAUGUGUCUGCUGGACCUCAUUUCCUCCACCCCGGCGGAGCACCGUCGCAUUCCCUUGGACGUAAUCGGUCAGAGGACCAAACUGAACCGAGACGGGGUGGAGUUCCUGCUGAUGAAGGCCCUGGCGCUCCACCUCAUUGAAGGAACCAUUGAUGAGGUGGACGGCGCCGUCGACGUGUCCUGGGUGACCCCCCGUGUGCUGGUCACCGAGCAGCUGGUGGGGCUCAAGGGCAGACUGGACAGCUGGGUGUCCAAGGUGGCGGCGGUGGCGGCGGCGCUGGAGGACGAGAGCGUUGGCGUCAUGGCAGUAGGGGCAGUGUGA